CGCCCCUCGCGCCCCCUCCUCAGGCCCAGCGCAGGAUGCCCCCGGCCCCUGGCAGCCCCCCGGGAGGUCCUGAGCUCGACGCGCCCCCUCUACGCCAUGUCCCCCCCUGGCUCGGCCGCGGGAGAGAGCGCCGGCGGCGGCGGCGGCGGUGGCGGCUCCGGGGUCCCAGAGGAGCCCAUGGCAGCGGCGGACGAGGGCCCCGCCCGAGAGGAGCAACGACCCAUCCAGCCCUCUUUCACCAAAUCUCUCUGCCGCGAGUCCCAUUGGAAGUGCCUCCUGCUCUCGUUGCUCAUGUACGGCUGCCUGGGGGCAGUGGCUUGGUGCCACGUCACCACAGUGACCCGCCUCACCUUCAGCAGCGCCUACCAGGGCAAUAGCCUCAUGUACCAUGACAGCCCCUGCUCCAACGGCUAUGUCUACAUCCCCUUGGCUUUCCUGCUCAUGUUGUACGCGGUCUACCUGGUGGAGUGUUGGCACUGCCAAGCCCGCCACGAGCUGCAGCACCGAGUGGAUGUGAGCAGUGUUCGGGAGCGUGUCGGCCGUAUGCAGCAGGCCACCCCCUGCAUCUGGUGGAAGGCCAUCAGCUAUCACUAUGUGCGACGAACCCGGCAGGUCACCCGAUACCGCAAUGGGGAUGCCUACACUACCACCCAGGUCUACCACGAGCGUGUCAACACACACGUGGCGGAGGCCGAGUUCGACUAUGCGCGCUGUGGCGUCCGGGACGUGUCCAAGGCGCUGGUGGGGCUGGAGGGCGCUCCGGCCACGCGGCUGCGCUUCACCAAGUGCUUCAGCUUCGCCAGCGUGGAGGCGGAGAACGCAUACCUAUGCCAGCGCGCGCGCUUCUUCGCAGAGAACGAGGGCUUGGACGACUACAUGGAGGCGCGAGAGGGCAUGCAUCUUAAGAACGUGGACUUCCGCGAGUUCAUGGUGGCCUUUCCCGACCCGACCCGGCCACCCUGGUAUGCCUGCUCAUCGGCCUUCUGGGCAGCGGCGCUGCUCACGCUAUCGUGGCCGCUGCGCGUGCUGGCCGAGUACCGCACGGCGUACGCGCACUACCACGUGGAGAAGCUCUUCGGCCUGGAGGGGCCAGGCUCGGCCAGCAGCGCGGGCGGUAGCCUGAGUCCCAGCGACGAGCUGCUACCGCCGCUCACUCAUCGCCUGCCGCGGGUCAACACGGUGGACAGCACCGAGCUCGAGUGGCACAUCCGUUCCAACCAGCAGCUGGUACCCAGCUACUCGGAAGCGGUGCUCAUGGACCUGGCCGGGCUGGGCGCGCGCUGCGGCGGGGCAGGGGGCGGUGGCUACGCGCCCACGUGUCGCUACGGCGGAGUGGGUGGCCCGGGCGCGGCGGGCGUGGCCCCGUACCGGCGAAGCUGCGAGCACUGUCAGCGAGCGGUCAGCAGCUCGUCCAUCUUCUCGCGCAGUGCGCUGAGUAUCUGCGCCAGCCCGCGGGCCGGCCAGGGGCCUGGAGCCAGUGCUGGGUGCGGGGGCAGCCGCUUCUCGCUCGGUCGCCUCUACGGCUCCCGGCGCAGCUGCCUGUGGCGCAGCCGGAGCGGGAGUGUCAACGAGGCGAGCUGCCCCACGGAGCAGACGCGGCUGUCGAGCCAGGCCAGUAUGCGGGACGACGAGGACGAGGACGACGAGGAGGAGGCCGGGCCACCGCCGCCCUACCACGACGCCCUCUACUUCCCGGUCCUUAUCGUCCAUCGUCAGGAGGGGUGUCUGGGCCACAGUCACCGACCACUGCACCGCCAUGGCUCCUGCGUGGAGACCUCACUGUGACUUCCCGC